GGCCUCCCAUUGCUGUGCCAGGCCCGUAAAUUUCCCAUGGGCCCCUUUUGUACCGCCCCUCAUGCUGCUGCCCGGCCCCCGUGUGUCAUGGGUCCCUGUACGGCCUCCCAUUGCUGCUGUCUCUAUCGCCACACUCUGCCAUGUGCCACUUUCAGGUCUCCUCACACUGCUGGUGGUUUCCAUUUUUGUCAUAGGGUGCUGUAUGGCCUCCCAUUGCUGCUGCCUCCACCGCCACACUGUGGCUCCACACUCUGGUUUUGGCCCCGUGACUGCCCAAAUGAGUGAAGUGUGCGGUGAUUCUAAGAUCGACGGCACUCAUCUGCAUGUCAUACUG